AUGUUGACUUGCAAUGAAUGAUUUCGGCGGCCAUCUUCGUGUAUUAUGUGAAUAAAGCCUAUCUAAGUAUCCGUAUUUUAUGUAAAAAUGGUUGCCAGGUGUGCUGUUUCUGGUUGUCAAUCAACAUAUUACAAAGGAAAACAAAAAGAAAAUGAGAUUGCCCUGUUUGCAAUUCCUAAAACUUCAUUAUCAAAAUGGCAAGAACUAAUCCCGUGUAGUAAUUUGACGAGCACCUCACGUAUUUGCUCCCGUCAUUUUGACGAAAGUGACUUUAAAACAGGGAUUGAAAUUCUGAACGUGUUCCAUCCUUACAAACGGUGGAUUCUUAAUGCUGGAGCAAUUCCCAAACAUUUUCUGUUAAAUGUGAAAGCAAAUGCUAGCAAUGCAUCAGUAAGGAAACGACCAAAAGUAGACAAAAUACCUACUACGCCAAAGAAAAAAAAAUGUGACAGUACAGCACCCUCCAUGGAAGCUACCUCUACUAUUCAAGAAUCAAUCAACAUUCACCAGGCUGCUGAAGGAGCAAUUUUUGAUCCACUUCCUGAUUCAAUCAAAGAAAAUGUUGCUGUUGUCAUUGAAGAUUCGACAGUUGCAUCACCUUCCAUGGAAGCAACCUUUACUAAUUUCAAGUCUAAUUUUGUGACUUUUCAGUCACUAGUAACUUUAUCAAAAGUACCAAAGAAUUGGAUGUGGUCUUUUGAUCAAAUCAAACUAAUGAUUUAUUGCAUCUCGAUGGAUCAACUACCAAAUGGAAAUUUUAAUGUAAAAAUGGUAAGGUUUCAAAACAAACAAGAAGUAAUGUAUUAUGUCAACGGAAAGAUCAUUCCAUCAAGCACUACUGCUCUGUCGAACCAUUUCACAACAAUUGAAGAUAUAUCGCAAUUGAUAAUGGAUUUCAACAAUCGAAAAAUUUGUUCUGGCAUUCCUCAAGAAAGGUUCAGAAAUGUUAAUUUUCCAUCGCGUCUUUCUGGUACAUUGGACUCGACAGCUGGUGUGUUAAGAUCGAAAUUUUGCAGAACCAUUUCGGAAAAGAACAGAGUUUGCGUUCAAUGUCUUUAUUUGAAGAAAUACCUAUCUCAGAGGUUAAGUAAAAUGGAAGUAAAAAUACCAAUUUCAAAGAAGAAAAAGAAGAAAUCUAAGUUAGCUGAGAAGAAAUUGGCAAAAUUUGCGUAGCUUCCUCUGUAUUUAUGAAACAUUGUAUUUAAUAAAUGAUUCGUAUGAAUGCA